AUGGAUCCCAUUGCUCCAGGUUUCGACACAUCUUCAACCCAGAUCCAGGACGGCAGAAGAUCUCUUGAUCGUGAGAAUAUUCCCAGUCCUCCGAUUCUCUCGAGAGAUGGAUAUACAAGUGCGAUAACCUCCGGAGAGGACGAUGUUCAAGCAACAAGAGACGCCGUGUUUGGAUACGAAGAGGCCAAACGUUUGGAAAGCCUCGAACACAAGCUCUACUCUCACCGAAGAUACUCCCAAGGUUCUGGGAGUAACCGUGGGUCGACAGUCAACUCUCCCCGGAUCACAGCAACACACCCCAAGACACCCACGACUCGUCCAACGUCGAUAUCCUCAUUACCCCGGAUGGAUCACCUUCUGCCGCUUCAACCGCUCGCAGAGAAUGCUACCACAACGGAUAAUACUCCAGGCCUGCAAGAUGUUGCGCACGACUUUGCCUUGCCUCCGGCUGCGAGUGGACAUUUUGGGCUCGAGAACGCUCAUACGGUGACGCUUGAUGACGAACCCGAGAUUAAUCUGAGCAAACUGGAUCACCAGCAAACCCUGAGUCAACAAGAGCUCCGCGAUUUGUUAUCCUCUUUCAAUAAAUGCCUUCAACUUCGAGACAAAUAUAUGGCCUGUUCGCUCCAGAGGCUUGGUGAUAACCCUCGCGAUUACGAUGGUGCCUUCAAGGGCUUCGCAGAGGAUAUUGGGGGCGUCUCUGGCGUGAGACCAGACGCCUAUGCGACUUUGCGAAAGAAUACUGGGACAUCUGGUCAGCAUCCUUCUUUACAGCCGGCACCGCAACAGUUUGCCAAAUGGGAUAUCUAUCCAAGACCACCUCCCCCGCAUUGGCAUUGGACUGCGAAACCGCAUCCAGAACAAGGAGGUCCAAUAGACGAUCAGCCCCAGUUGGUGUCCGAAGAGGGCGAUGGCGAUGGCUUUGACUUUGGUCACUUCGAAAUCCCAGGUGCACAUGAAUGGCAUUACCAUCUCGAUAGCAAGGGUGUUUUCCAAAUCUAUAGCACGCCGGUACAUGAUGAUAACGACUCAAAGCCAAUAUUCGCCGUUCCGACCAUUAGAGACUAUUAUGUAGAUCUCGACUACGUACUUGGCGUCAUCGCGGACGGUCCUACUAAGAGCUUUGCAUAUCGACGACUCAAAUAUCUACAAGGAAAGUGGGGAAUGUACACUCUUUUGAACGAACACAAGGAAUUGCAAAGUAUGAAGGCUGUUCCUCAUCGAGAUUUUUACAAUGUCCGCAAAGUGGAUACACACGUUCACCAUUCAAGCAGCAUGAACCAGAAGCAUUUACUGCGCUUCAUCAAAUCGAAAAUGAAGCGCAGUCCCAACGACAUUGUGAUCGUUCGAGAUGGCCACCCACUUACUCUGGCUCAAGUUUUUGAGUCCCUUAAUCUUACCGCGUACGACUUGUCGAUCGACACUCUGGAUAUGCACGCCCAUCAAGACUCCUUUCAUCGAUUCGACAAGUUUAACCUCAAGUACAACCCAAUCGGCGAGAGCAGAUUGAGAGAGAUCUUCCUCAAGACGGACAAUUACAUUGGCGGCAGAUACCUCGCAGACUUGACUAAAGAAUUAAUGCAAGAUUUGGAACAGAGCAAAUACCAGAACUGCGAGUGGAGGAUCAGUAUCUAUGGUCGUUCUCCAGACGAAUGGGACAAGCUCGCCAAAUGGGUCAUUCACCACAAACUUUACUCGCAUAAUGUUCGAUGGCUCGUUCAGAUUCCUCGCCUAUACAACGUCUACAAGAUGACGGGUCAAGUAGAGAACUUUGAGCGUAUUAUCAGAAACGUAUUCGAGCCCCUUUUCGAGGUUACCAAAGACCCAAGCCUUCAUCCCGAACUUCAUGUCUUUCUUCAGCGUGUCAUUGGAUUUGACAGCGUCGACGACGAGUCGAAAACCGAGAGAAGGGUGUAUGACAAGUUUCCAUACCCGCGAAUUUGGGAGACGAAGCAAAACCCGCCGUACUCGUACUGGGUCUACUAUAUGUACGCGAAUAUGACCAGUCUCAACAGUUGGCGACGAGAACGAGGGUUUAAUACAUUUGUUCUUCGUCCUCACUGUGGAGAAGCCGGCGACCCUGACCAUCUUUCGUGCGCAUACCUUACCUCGCACUCGAUUUCCCACGGAAUCCUCCUUCGCAAGGUACCGGCUCUCCAAUAUCUAUUUUACCUCAAACAAGUCGGCGUCGCCAUGAGCCCAUUGAGCAACAACGCUCUGUUCCUCACCUAUGAACGCAAUCCGCUCCCAGAGUAUUUCAAGACGGGCCUCAACGUCAGCCUGAGUACCGACGAUCCGCUUCAAUUCCAUUUUACAAAGGAACCACUGUUAGAGGAGUAUAGCGUGGCCGCUCAUAUUUACAAGUUUUCACAAGCGUCGCUUGCAGAACUAGCCCGAAAUUCAGUCAUACAGAGUGGUUUCGAGAUGGAGAUCAAACGACAUUGGCUCGGUCAGAAAUGGUAUCUACCGGGAGCAGCAGGGAAUGACAUUAAUAAGACAAAUGUCCCGGAUAUUCGGUUGGCCUUCCGAUAUCAUACGCUGAUGGAGGAACUCCAGAUGAUUACCUCUGGAGAACCUGUGCAAGAAAACUCUUACACGGCGGGAGUUUGA